AUGAGGCUCAGCGUGCCAGCUUCCCUGUUCAUACUGCUGGUCUGCAGCCUUCCUCCAGUCCACGGUGUUCUGGAGGCCUACAACACAAACUUGAAGUGUAGAUGUAUCCAAGAGACCUCAGACUUUAUCCCUCUAUCCCUCAUUGAGUGGAUUCAAGUUAUACGCCCUGGGAAUGGUUGUCCAAACAAGGAAAUCAUAAUCUGGACAAAGAAGAAGUUCCCUAUAUGCUUGAAUCCUCAAACAAAAUGGGUACAAAAAGUAAUACAACUUUUACAGAGGGAAAAGUGCAGACAAGAGAAGGGUGGGAGCCCUGUCUCCACCUUCAAGGGAGGAUGGUUAAGACAUCUGUUGCGUGUAGGACAGUCCACCGGGAUCCGAGCGAGGCUGGAGGUUGUGGGCUUCCCUCCUACUGACAUGCGUGACAUCACUGCUCCCAACUCUGGGAGGGCUGGUUGCUCUGGGGUAAAGUCUGGUGGUACUGAGGAACAAAAUUACUGUAAUACACCAUAA